AUGAUUUCCGCCAAACUUUUCUUCCUUGUCGUCCUUCUCAUUGCCUGCCUUCUGGCUGUGGCUGAGGCCCAAUGGGGGUAUGGAUAUGGAUACCGUCCAUACGGAUACGGAGGAUACGGAGGAGGCUGGCGCCGUCCAUACUACCGCCCAUGGGGAUACCGUCCAUAUGGAUACGGAUGGGGAAAAUAG